GACUGGAAGAAUGUCUUUUCCACCUCAUUUGAAUCGCCCUCCUAUGGGAAUUCCAACGCUUCCCCCCGGGAUCCCACCCCCACAGUUUCCUGGCUUUCCUCCACCUGUACCUCCUGGGACCCCUAUGAUUCCUGUACCAAUGGGCAUUAUGGCUCCUGCUCCGACUGUAUUAGUUCCUACCACAGUGUCUAUGGUUGGAAAACAUUUGGGAGCCAGAAAAGAACAUCCUGGCUUAAAGAACAAAGAAAACGAUGAAAACAGCGGUCCCACUACCACCGUUUUUGUAGGCAACAUUUCUGAGAAGGCUUCAGACAUGCUCAUACGGCAGCUUCUAGCAAAAUGUGGCUUGGUUUUGAGUUGGAAGAGAGUACAAGGGGCAUCUGGAAAACUUCAAGCCUUCGGAUUUUGUGAGUACAAAGAACCAGAAUCCACACUACGAGCACUGAGGCUACUCCAUGACCUCCAGAUUGGAGAGAAGAAGCUGCUAGUCAAAGUUGAUGCAAAGACAAAGGCUCAGCUAGAUGAAUGGAAAGCAAAGAAAAAGGCUUCUAAUGGGAACUCCAGACCAGAGACAACAAAUGAUGACGAUGAAGCACUGGAUGAGGAAACAAAGAGAAGAGAUCAGAUAAUUAAAGGGGCCAUUGAAGUCUUAAUACGAGAAUACUCCAGCGAGCUCAAUGCCCCCUCCCAGGAAUCUGACUCUCACCCCAGGAAGAAGAAAAAGGAAAAGAAGGAGGACAUUUUCCGCAGAUUUCCAGUGGCCCCACUGAUACCUUAUCCACUCAUCACCAAGGAGGAUAUAAAUGCUAUAGAAAUGGAGGAAGACAAAAGAGACCUGAUAUCAAGAGAGAUCAGUAAAUUCAGAGACACACACAAGAAACUGGAGGAGGAAAAAGGCAAAAAGGAGAAAGAAAGACAGGAAAUUGAAAAAGAACGCAGAGAAAGAGAAAGGGAACGGGAGCGUGAACGAGAAAGGAGGGAGCGUGAAAGAGAGAGGGAGCGUGAACGAGAGAAGGAGAAGGAACGGGAGCGUGAACGAGAGCGAGAUAGGGAUCGUGACCGAACUAAGGACCGAGACAGAGACCGCGAACGAGACCGAGAUCGUGACAGAGAUCGUGAAAGGAGUUCAGAUCGCAACAAGGAUCGGAGCAGAUCAAGAGAACGAGAACGGGAACGGGAAAGAGAACGAGAACGGGAACGGGAAAGAGAACGAGAACGGGAACGGGAAAGAGAACGAGAACGGGAACGGGAAAGAGAACGAGAACGGGAACGAGAACGGGAGAAGGAUAAGAAGAGAGACCGAGAAGAAGAUGAAGAAGAUGCCUACGAACGCCGAAAACUAGAGAGGAAACUGCGGGAAAAAGAAGCUGCAUAUCAAGAGCGUCUUAAAAACUGGGAAAUCAGAGAACGGAAGAAAAGUCGAGAAUAUGAAAAAGAGGCUGAAAGGGAAGAAGAAAGAAGAAGGGAAAUGGCAAAAGAAGCCAAACGGUUAAAAGAAUUCUUAGAAGAUUAUGAUGAUGACAGAGAUGAUCCAAAAUACUACAGGGGUAGUGCUCUUCAGAAGAGGCUACGAGACAGGGAGAAAGAGAUGGAAGCAGAUGAACGGGAUAGGAAAAGGGAAAAGGAAGAAUUAGAAGAAAUUAGGCAGCGCCUUCUGGCGGAAGGACACCCAGAUCCCGAUGCAGAACUCCAGCGGAUGGAGCAGGAGGCUGAGCGGCGUAGGCAGCCACAAAUAAAACAAGAGCCAGAGUCUGAGGAGGAAGAGGAAGAAAAGGCAGAAAAAGAGGAAAAAAGAGAAGAGCCGGAGGAGGAGGAAGAGGAGCCUGAACAAAAGCCCUGCCUUAAACCAACUUUACGACCCAUCAGUUCUGCCCCAUCUGUUUCUUCUGCUAGUGGAAAUGCAACCCCUAACACACCUGGUGAUGAAUCUCCCUGUGGUAUUAUUAUCCCUCAUGAAAAUUCACCUGAUCAACAGCAGCCGGAGGAGCAUCGGCCCAAAAUAGGACUUAGCCUCAAAUUGGGUGCCUGCAAUAGUCCUAAUCAGCCCAAUGCUGUAAAAAGGAAGAAGCUUGCUGUGGAUAGCGUUUUCAAUAAAUUUGAUGACGAAGACAGUGAUGAUGUGCCCCGGAAAAGGAAACUUGUCCCCCUGGAUUAUGGAGAAGAAGAUAAAAGCAAUAUCAAAGGCAGUGUCAAUACAGAAGAAAAACGCAAACAUAUUAAGAGUCUCAUUGAGAAGAUUCCCACAGCAAAACCAGAGCUCUUUGCUUAUCCUCUUGACUGGUCAAUUGUGGAUUCAACACUAAUGGAACGUCGAAUUAGACCGUGGAUCAACAAGAAAAUAAUAGAAUAUAUUGGUGAAGAAGAAGCCACGCUAGUUGACUUCGUUUGUUCUAAGGUUAUGGCUCACAGCUCACCACAGAGCAUACUGGAUGAUGUCGCCAUGGUACUAGACGAAGAAGCUGAAGUUUUCAUAGUCAAAAUGUGGAGGUUGUUGAUAUACGAGACAGAAGCGAAGAAGAUUGGUCUAGUGAAAUAAAGCACUCUCCUUGCUUCUAGGGUUCCGUUUCAAUUUUGGGCUUUUUUCUUUCCAUCAUUCAAAGACUUUGAAUUUUCUCUGUUCUCAGAGACUUGAGAUCUAUAUUUUUUUAUGUAGAAAAUGUGAAUUUUUUUGUCCUCUGCUCUGAGGCCCCCAUUACCCUUCUCAGUUAGUUACCUGAGUCCUGCAUUGGUUCUCUUUAUAAUUCACAAGGUACAAUUACCGGUAUGUUUUACAAGCUGCAGCUACUGUACACGCUCUCUGGUAAUUUUGUUACGUUACUCUGAUUCUUGUAAAUACUAAGAAAAAAAAAAAGCCCCUUUUUUUGCAAAACAUUUGCACUUAAUGUGGAACUAUAUCAGUUACAGAUGAAGACAAAUGAUUUUACU